AUGCCCGCCACAGCCGGCCCGUUGAGUAGCGUCACCUUCGCCUCAACAUCUACAAGUCUCCGCUUAUGGCGACUACAGCAGCCAGUCGGGGGUCCUGCUGAUGGAUCCGUCUCCCCAGAGGAUGACGAGGAUGAUCAAGAGCAUCAGCAACAAUCGGGCACUGGUGGUGGUGGUGGUGGCCCGGCUCUACCAAGCAGUGUGGAACAGAUAGCCAAGCUGCAGAAUACACAUAAGGUGAUGAUUUUUGGGCUCAUCCUUGGUGCUGUUGGUAAAGGCAAGUGUAUGACAGACUCUGCUGCUGUUGAUACUACCAUCACGUUAUGGGACGUCAGUCGGGAGAAGAUGGAUACACAGAUGAUUGCUCAUGACAAGGCUGUGCUAGAUGUGGCCUUCGCGGCAGACAGUGAUAAAAUAUUCGGCUCUGUAUCCGAUGAUGGCUCACUUCGGCUAUUCGAUUCUCGGGAUCUAGAUCAUUCUACUAUAAUGUACGAGUCGCCAUCAGCACCAGGAUCGAACACUCCGCCGCCGCCUUUGUAUAAGCUUUACUGGAAUAAGUGGAACCCACAUUUGAUCGCUACCUUCUCGGAAGACUCCAUUUACGGUCUAGUAUUCGACACCCGAAAAGGUUUCGAGUCGAUUGGCCUGAACCCGAUCUGCGAGGGUAGCCAGGAUACUGUAUGCGCCGGGACCAAUGCGAUGGCUUGGUGCAACUCUUAUGCGUUGGGAACAUGCCAUGCUGAUGGGUGA